ACCGUGCUUGUCUGUUAUGGCUCCUCCUGCUACAGUAGAUCGGAGCUAGACGUAACACCAGUGCGGAGGAACGGGAAUAACACACAACGAUACGUUUUUUCCAGGUGCCACGGCUAAAGAUGGCAGAUCGUGCAAUGCUGAAGAAAAAGACAUAGACGAUGUGCUCAGAGUCGCCUCUUCUGCUGUGAAGGCUUCGACAUUUCUUCAAGAUUAACAACACCCCAAAUGAACUCCGUCAGAGCAAGUAACGUUAGCAGAAGACCUAGGCGAGUCUCGAGGCCGCGCCCGGUGCAGCCGGAGAGGAACCACCAGGAAAGAGAUGAGGACGUUCCUGCAGAUAUGGUCGCAGAAGAAUCCGGUCCAGGAGCUCAGAAUAGUCCCUACCAACUUAGAAGAAAGUCUCUACCCAAGAGAACAGUGUGUCCGACAAAGACAAACAUGGAGGGUGCUUCCACUUCAACCACAGAAAACUUUGGACACCGACCCAAGCGCCCGAGAGUUUCAGGAAAGUGUCAAGAUUUACCAGCAGCUCCAGCAGAGCAGUAUUUGCAAGAGAAGCUUCCAGACGAGGUGGUGCUAAAGAUCUUCUCGUACCUGUUGGAGCAGGACUUGUGCCGCGCAGCAUGUGUGUGCAAGCGCUUCAGUGAGCUGGCCAAUGACCCCAUCCUCUGGAAGAGGCUGUACAUGGAAGUGUUUGAAUACACACGACCCAUGAUGCACCCUGAGGCAGGGAAGUUCUACCAGAUAAACCCAGAGGAGUAUGAACAGCCAAACCCGUGGAAGGAGAGUUUUCAGCAGCUGUAUAAAGGAGCACAUGUAAAGCCGGGCUUUGCAGAACACUUCUACAGUAAUCCUGCCAGAUACAAAGGGAGAGAUAACAUGUUUUACUACGACACCAUUGAGGAUGCUCUUGGAGGGGGUCAGGAGCCUCACUUUGACGGCCUGAUAUUCGUCCACUCUGGUAUCUACACAGAUGAAUGGAUCUACAUCGAAUCGCCAAUCACAAUGAUCGGAGCUGCUCCUGGAAAAGUAGCAGAGAAAGUCAUCAUUGAGAACACCAGAGACUCCACAUUUGUAUUCAUGGAAGGCUCAGAAGAUGCUUAUGUUGGAUACAUGACCAUCAGGUUCAAUCCUGACGAUAAAUCCGCCCAGCACCACAAUGCACACCACUGCCUGGAGAUUACAGUCAACUGCAGCCCCAUCAUCGACCACUGCAUCAUACGCAGCACAUGCACAGUGGGGUCGGCUGUCUGUGUCAGCGGUCAGGGUGCUUGUCCUACAAUCAAGCACUGCAACAUUAGCGACUGUGAAAAUGUUGGUCUUUACAUCACUGACCAUGCACAGGGAAUAUACGAAGACAAUGAGAUCUCAAACAACGCUCUGGCUGGGAUCUGGGUUAAAAACCAUGGAAACCCAAUCAUCAGACGGAAUCACAUCCACCAUGGCAGAGACGUCGGCGUUUUCACAUUCGACCACGGCAUGGGUUACUUCGAAAGCUGUAACAUCCACAGGAACCGUAUAGCCGGCUUUGAGGUGAAGGCGUACGCCAAUCCGACAGUGGUUCGUUGUGAGAUCCAUCAUGGUCAGACGGGGGGCAUCUACGUGCAUGAAAAGGGCCGCGGCCAGUUCAUCGAAAACAAGAUCUAUGCAAAUAACUUUGCUGGGGUGUGGAUCACCUCUAAUAGUGACCCCACGAUAAGGGGCAAUGCCAUUUUUAAUGGCAACCAAGGUGGCGUUUAUAUUUUCGGUGACGGUCGAGGCCUCAUUGAAGGAAAUGACAUCUACGGUAACGCCCUGGCAGGAAUCCAGAUCAGGACAAACAGCUGUCCAAUCGUCAGGCACAACAAGAUCCAUGACGGCCAGCAUGGCGGUAUUUAUGUGCAUGAAAAAGGACAAGGCGUCAUAGAGGAGAACGAGGUGUACAGCAACACGCUGGCAGGAGUGUGGGUGACAACGGGCAGUACGCCAGUGCUGAGGAGGAACAGGAUACACAGCGGGAAGCAGGUCGGGGUCUACUUCUAUGACAACGGCCAUGGCGUCCUGGAAGACAAUGAUAUCUACAAUCACAUGUACUCCGGAGUUCAAAUUAGGACUGGCAGCAAUCCCAAGAUCAGGCGGAACAAGAUCUGGGGAGGCCAGAAUGGAGGCAUUCUGGUUUACAACUCAGGCUUAGGCUUCAUCGAGGACAACGAGAUCUUUGAUAAUGCUAUGGCAGGAGUGUGGAUCAAGACAGACAGCAACCCCACUCUGCGGAGGAAUAAGAUCCACGACGGGAGAGACGGUGGGAUCUGUAUAUUCAACGGAGGAAGAGGUUUGUUAGAAGAAAACGACAUCUUCAGAAAUGCCCAAGCAGGAGUCCUCAUUAGCACCAACAGCCACCCUGUACUGCGGAAAAACAGGAUAUUUGACGGCUUCGCGGCAGGUAUUGAGAUCACCAAUCAUGCCACAGCGACCCUAGAGGGCAAUCAGAUCUUCAACAAUCGCUUCGGGGGAUUGUUUCUUGCAUCUGGUGUCAAUGUUACAAUGAAAGAUAAUAAAAUAAUGAACAAUCAAGAUGCCAUUGAAAAGGCUGUGAGCAGAGGUCAGUGCCUGUACAAGAUUUCAAGUUACACCAGCUACCCAAUGCACGAUUUCUACAGGUGUCACACCUGUAACACAACAGACCGCAACGCCAUCUGUGUGAACUGCAUCAAGAAGUGUCACCAAGGACACGACGUGGAGUUCAUCAGACACGAUAGAUUCUUCUGUGACUGUGGUGCAGGGACACUGUCAAAUCCUUGUACGUUAGCUGGAGAGCCAACUCACGACACAGACACACUGUAUGACUCAGCUCCUCCUAUAGAGUCCAAUACACUGCAGCACAACUGAGCUCGAGACCCGAGGUCCCUUUGCGCUUCAGCAGUAACGGACACGAGACACUUUAAGUUGUGCAGCGGAGGAGAUCCAAACUAAAAUACAGAGCAUAUACAGUGAUUUUCAAAAAAGACUCAGACAUGAAUAUGCUAAAAGGAGACAUUUAGAUAAAAAAAAAAGUCUGAUUAUGGAUGCCUCGCUUUUUCUUUUUCUUCAAUUAUUGACAAAAAAAGAUCAGUGGGAGAGAGCGGAAGAGCAGCUGACUCAGGGUUUGUGGGUGUGUUGGUUUGGUCGAGCAAGAGAAGCCUGUGAGAGAUGGACAAAAAGCCACCGAGGCUCACCUGCUUUUUGAGAAGCAGAAGAACGAAAUACUGCAGUCAUGUACAGACCCUUCGUGGACAGACGCUCAGUCAGAAGAGGCACAACUUUUCUCACGUGGAGGCAAAACAUAGGCCCCAAAUACAACAAUGCUUCCAUCACUGGGCAAUCGACGUGCUCGUAUGAUAUGUACGGGAAAAAUGACCUAGCACUUCAGCUUUUUUUUGUUUUUUUUUUCCUCAAGACAAAUGUUGAGAUUUGAUUUUAAUGCUUUUUGUGU